AUGAAUUCGGAAGUCGAACCUGAUUUUGUUCAAAGCUUUCAAAAUGUGCUGAGCCUUCUCGAGGAUGAUGCGUUUCUCGUGAACUUUAUCCUGGCGUGCAUCUCCUUGAUUGCCAACAUAUUCCAUUUUGUUGUAAUAACACGGAAAUCGAUGAGAAUAUCUUCAGUGAACGUGUUAAUGAUCGGGGUAUCUAUUUGCAAUAUUUUUAGAAUGCUAACUGCAAUAUAUCGUUAUUUGGAACUAGUAGAUUUGGAAUACCCGGAGUGCAUAACUUCGGAUUCCUAUUUAAAAAUGUACUUUGACAUAAUAUCUUGGUGGCUACAAGAUUACUUCCGACGGUGUAGUUCUUGGAUGGAGAUAUUUAUUGCGACAGCACGUCUUAUAAUUAUGAGAGAUAUGUCUAGUGCCAGGAACACGAAUGCUGCGAAACCAAAGCUUGGAGUUAUUUUGAUGUUAUUAGUAUUUUUUGCGAGUGGUGCUGUUCAAGGAAUUUGGCUAUAUACGGUUAAAGUUGUGGAGAAUCAAGCCCACUCUCUAUACUCUAAUUGUGCUGAACACCAAGAUGUAAUUAAAGUAUCAAGGUUUAUACUAGAUUUGCGCCCAGAAUCAAAUUACGGCAAGCUUGUACUCAUUCGAACUUACUUUAUUUUAGACGUGAUAUGUUCUCAUUUUCUUCCAAGUCUAGCUCUCCCCAUCCUAACUUUAUUUCUUCUCCGCGAAAUGCGAAUUAUCAAACAAUCAAGGUCAACACUUCAAAGGAGUGGUGUCGUGGUGGACAAUGAAGAAAAAUAUGGGCUCCCGACAAAGCUUAUAGCCUUAUUGACAAUCACCUCUUUCCUGGCAGAUACACCAUUGGGAUGUAUUGGUAUCGCAAAAGCCUUCAUUCAACAGGGUACCAAAUUGAUGCGAUUCCUGACAGAUCUUAUCGUGUACUUUAACAUUUUGACCACUGCCAUGACUAUAUUCCAUCCAGUUAUGUGUCUUCUAAUGUCUAGCCAAUACAGGAUCACUGCUCGGAAAUUGUUGAGAAUCAAGAAGAAAAGUGCAUCAUUUUCGGCAGGAAAUAACGCUAGCAUUUUUCCAGUUAGCGGAAAUUUCUGA